AUGAGAGGGGAGAACAGGUUCGUUCAAGUGAGCCCCAAAAUCAUUGGGCGGAUGGAAUCCCACACCAAAAUCAACUGUUGCUGCUCAAAUCCCUGUGAACCCCCACCAGCCACCGACGACCCUCGCCCUUCUCUCCUUCGAUUCAACAAAGGGUCUGACUUCCCAGAAGCCAGAGUAGCAGCCUCCACCUCAAAUCGUUGGCGCCGCCAUCAGAUCCUCGAAACCCCUUCAGCUUGCUACGUUCGUGUCGGCUGUGUUAAAGAAGAAAGGAAGGAGCGAUGGUGCCGCCAGGCUACUGGCUCGUCGGAGGGGAGAAGAUUGCGGCAUUUUUUAGUUGUUGGGGAGAAGAUUGUGGGGAUCCGGGGAGAUUCGGGAGAAGAUUGCAGUAGGAAGUCAUGGAGGGGGAUUCGGGGCGAUUAG